AAUAUUCUUUGGACAUUACAGGCAAAAUACCUCUAUCGACUAGGUACAGAGUCCCUUGAUAUGGCAAGUUCAGACAAAGACGAAUCAGAACCUCUAUUGAAGAAGGGAGUAAACAACGGACUCAAUAUGGAGGAGAAGAAAGAGAUGGGGCAGAAGCGGAGUAUGUCUGGACAACAAUUGUUGGUGGUGGGAUGUAUUCUUAUGUGUGAGCUAUGUGAACGUUUGACGUACUACAGUGUAACCGCUAAUGUUGUCCUUUUCUGCACCAAUGUUUUGGAACUGGAAAGUACACAAGCCGCCACCGUCAGCCUGGUGUUCUCGGGGACUGUGUUUAUCAUCCCUGUAAUUGGUGGUUAUAUCGCAGACACUUUGGCGGGAAAAUACAAUACCAUUUUAGGCUCUGGACUGAUAUACGUCUUAGGGCUGUUCCUCCUGCCAGCCUCAGCAAUGAACUAUACGGAUUGGUUUGGAAGUGACGGUGAUGGCUCCUCGUACGACUUGUCUACGGAAAUGCGGAGGGUUUAUUAUUUUAUGGGUCUAGUAUUCGUUGCCAUAGGAACAGGAGGCAUAAAAGCAAAUGUUGGUCCAUUUGGUGCACAACAAGUAGAAGAUCUAGGACCAGAGGCAGUCCAGUCAUUUUUCAACUGGUUCUACUGGUUCAUAAACGCUGGGUCGUUCGUGGCAUUCCUGGGUGUGGCUUAUGUACAACAAAAUAUUAGCUUCAGUUUGGGCUAUCUCAUCCCAUUCAUAUCUAUGGUGAUAGCGCUCAUCAUUUUUGUUGCAGUGAAAUCUAAAUACAAGCAAUAUCCGCCAGGAGGUAGUAUAAUCGUUGAUUCUUUGGGAGUUUGCUGUCAAGCAGGCUGCAGAAACUUCGACAAAGCCCGAAACGCCAAUGGAGGAAAAUACAAAGAUGACUUUGUGGAUGGGGUGGUUGCUGUCCUUAGAAUUAUCCCUGUGUUUUUAUUAAUCAUCUUGUAUUGGGCCAUUUAUUCUCAGAUGCAGUCAACAUUUUUUCUGCAAGGUGAACGAAUGGACGCCAAAAUUGGCAGUGUAACGAUGCCAAUAGCCGUGCUGAAUGUGUUCAAUACCAUUAUCAUCCUAAUUCUUAUUCCUAUCAUGGACAGAAUCAUUUAUCCAUUUUUGGCUAAGCAUAACAGGAGUCCUACACAUUUACAAAGAAUAGCCUUUGGUUUCAUCUUAUCGGCGCUUUCAGUUCUUGUGGCAGGGAUUUUGGAAAUUUAUCGCAAGAAAGAUAUUGAAAAUAAUGGAUAUAUUCAACAAGAUCUGGCAUCGGACACGUUCAAUGCUUCUCACAUUUCUAUUUUCGCCCAAGUCCCCGAAUUUGCUUUAGUGGGAGCUAGUGAAGUUUUUGCCAGUGUUUCUGGUCUGGAAUUUGCAUACUCUCAGGCACCCUCAUUUAUGCAGGGGUUGGUUAUGGGUUUGUUUUUAAUGAUGUCGGGAUUAGGUAAUUACGUGUCUGAGGCAAUUCUGGAGAUAGUCAAAGAAGCAUCAGGAACUAAACCACCAGAUGCUUGGUUUCCCGAGGAAAUGAACGAUGGAAAAACAGAGUAUUUGUUUUUCAUGCUUGCCGGACUUAUGGCAGCUAACACACUUGUUUUCAUCGUUGUGGCGUACUUUUAUAAAUACAGAGAACCGGAAGAACAGCAAAUCCUGGAAAUAGACAAAACCGUCGACGUGGAAAAACCUCCGGCGUAUGAUUCUCUGGAUAAAAGUUUCGACAAUCAGGGUUAUACAGGCGAGCGAGAAUCCACCAAGUUAUAAGCUUUCACAGCUCCGUUCAAGGAAUCUGCACGAAGUCAGUAUGAACAUUUAAAGUUUUUGGGAGGUAAUUGCUUCAAGCUUCCAAUUUUUUUACUGAAGUCCAACUUUUAAUGUAACAUGAAGAACUUACCUUUUCGGUGCCCCGGAUAGUGUCGUAUAUAAUUAAAUGUGAUUUCUAGGAAACAGCCAUUUAUAUUUAGUGCCAUGGUUUGGGAGUUCAUGUACGUAUAGUCAGUCGUGAAGCCAAAUAGAAGGUGAUGCUUUGGAAAUCCAGAUAGACAUCAAUGUAUCUGAAAUCCAUGUAUUCAUGAAAACAUUAUCGGUCUAGAUAUCACUGAUGUCAGUGAAAUCUUAAAUUCCUCAAGUUAAUGAUGCAAUAUAUGUUAUUCUGUAUGGGCUGUGUAUGUAUUCAGAAUUUUUUUGGUACAUUUUGUUGCUUCUUUAUAUACUUAUCUGUAUUCUGGUAUACUAUAAUUGUACAAAUGUUUUAUUAAAUAUUUUUAUUGUU